AUGCAUGCAAAAUGUGGUUCGAUUCCAAAACCCACAAUAAUAAGCAGCUACACUACUGGUGAAGGUAAACAUGAAGAUGACGACGACGACUUCAUUCAAUUUUCACGCCAUCAACAUCCAAUGGCACUUGUAGUCGAGCUUGGAGAUGGUAGUGAUGAAAAUAUUAAUCUAGGACCAAUUGUGUCUAAAUAUGACGUGGAAGUAGAUCCAGCCAAGAUCAAAGCAGUGAAGGACUGGCCCAAACCUAUGAAUGCAACAGAGGUGAGAAGUUUUCUGGGAUUGGCAGGAUACUAUAGACGAUAUGCUGAAGGAUUCUCCAGAAUAACUACACCCUUAAAAAAUUUGACGAGGAAGCAACAGAAAUUCGAAUGGACGGAGAAAUGCGAAGAAAGCUUCAAGACAUUAAAGGAUAAGCUCAUAACAGCCCCAGUUCUGUGCGUUCCAAACGAUAAGGGCAAGUUUGUAGUGUAUUGUGAUGCGUCAGAGCAGGGACUUGGAUGCGUUUUGAUGCAAGACGAAAGAGUGGUCGCCUAUGCCUCAAGACAGCUUAAGGAGUAUGAAUAG